AUGGCAGCUUUUCGCAACCCCUCCCGCCGUAUCUUCUCGUCUGCUAUGCUGGAGAGCAAGCACUCUUUGCUCGUUCCUCAGAAACGGUCCUUUGCCACCACCGUCUCCGAUGCGCCUCCGCCGACAACCACGCAAUCACAACCUCGACCCGCCACCUCUUUCUCCGACCGCCUCAACUCUGGACCAGCGUUCGGUGACUUUGUAGCGGCCAAGAAUGACGAGCCAAUGUCACAAGAUGAUCUCUACGAACUCCGAACUGUCCAGGUAGGCCCCGAGGGCCGUAAAAAGACUCACACACGCCUGCCAGAGUGGUUGAAGACACCGAUACCUUCCAACGACAACUUCAAGCGUAUAAAGAACGACCUUCGAGGUCUGAACCUGCACACUGUCUGCGAAGAAGCCCGGUGUCCCAACAUCAGCGAUUGUUGGGGAGGCUCCGAUAAAUCAGCAGCGACGGCGACGAUCAUGUUGAUGGGCGACACUUGUACAAGAGGGUGUCGUUUCUGCAGUGUUAAAACCUCGAACAAACCACCUCCGCUAGAUCCACACGAGCCAGAGAACACCGCAGAGGCACUGAAACGAUGGGGACUUGGCUAUGUCGUGCUCACGAGCGUAGACCGAGACGAUCUGGCAGAUGGCGGUAGCAGACAUUUCGCAGAGACGAUUAUCAAGAUCAAGCAGAAGGCCUCCCAUAUCCUUGUCGAGGCACUCACUGGAGACUAUGCUGGAGAUUUAGAACAGGUCGCGCUUGUAGCUCGCAGCGGACUGGACGUCUACGCACACAACAUGGAAACAACAGAGGAGCUCACCCCUUCUGUGCGUGAUCGCAGAGCGAAAUACCGGCAAUCAUUGCAGGUCUUGAAGGCUGCAAAGGAGGCGAAACCAGAUCUCAUCACCAAAACUUCCAUCAUGCUGGGCUUGGGCGAGACGGAGGAUCAGCUUUGGAGGACACUGAAGGAUUUACGUGCUGUAGAUGUUGAUGUUGUGACUUUCGGACAAUACAUGCGACCCACCAAGCGUCACAUGAAGGUGCACGAGUACGUCACGCCCGAUACCUUUGAGCUUUGGAGGCAGAGAGCACUGGAUUUGGGGUUCCUGUAUUGUGCCUCUGGACCGUUGGUUCGAAGCAGUUAUAAGGCUGGCGAGGCUUUCAUUGAGAACGUUCUCAAGAAGAGAGCCAGACACAGUAGUUUGCUGAGUGCGGAGGCUGCUGGCGCUUUCAAGGAGCUCGGAGGUGCCUAG